AUGUUAAGUAGGAAAAUUCCCAACUGUGCGGGGAAUCUGCAGAGUCUGACUAUCAUGAGAUUAAGCUCAAAUCGGCUCUCUGGUGUCAUUCAACGUUCAUUAGCUCUUAUUCCAUCAUUAUUUUGUUCAAAUUUGAACGAUAAUAACUUUAUUGGUGAACUUCCUCAAGAAUUAGGGAAUCUACAAGGUUUGGAAGUCUUAGAUUUGGUUGAUAAUAAGUUCUUUGGAAAUAUACCCAAAUGGAUUGGGAAAAACCUUACAUCUUUGUUAGUUUUGAGGUUACACAAAAGUAACUUCAUAGUUAGAAUUCCUCCAUCUCUAUGCAAAACUUCAACUCUUCAAAUUUUAUAUCUUGCAUACAACUUAAUGGGAACCAUCCUUCGUUGUGUAGGAAAGUUAAAUUCCAUGAUUGAGAGUCACUCAAGAAUUGUGUAUCCUUUCGAUAUCAAUCAUGAUAAUAAUGUGAUUCAGUUCAUGAAAGAUGUUGAUAUUGAAUAUACAACAACUUGGAGAAUCGUUUUUAACAUGGAUCUUUCAAGCAAUAAACUCAUGGGAGAAGUAUUGGUCAAGCUAACUACACUUUUUUGUUGUUGGGUAUGA